AGGGGUGUGCUCAGAGCAAGGGUCGGUGGUUAGUACGCGUGCGCAGUAGGCUCUUCUGUCAACUGUGUUGCGCCAAUGGUGGAGAAGAAACCCGCCGUUCGCUCCCAGGACCCUGGACAGCGGCGGGUGCUGGACCGGGCAGCCAGGCAGCGGCGGAUCAACCGACAGCUGGAGGCAUUGGAGAAUGACAACUUCCAGGAUGACCCCCACGCCGGCCUCCCCCAGCUGGGCAAGAGGCUCCCUCAGUUUGAUGAUGAUGCAGACACAGGAAAGAAAAAGAAGAAGACUCGAGGUGACCACUUUAAACUUCGCUUCCGGAAAAACUUCCAGGCUUUGCUGGAGGAGCAGAACCUGAGUGCAUCUGAGGGCCCCAACUAC